UCCUCGUUCCAUCACCAACAGCAGCACCAGCAGCACCAGCAGCGGCAUCCAUUCCUCCGCCGUUCGCCAGGAAACGCAACCAGUGGAUUUUGAAUGGGUUCUGGUGGAUGAUCGUCGGGCCCGAGUUUAUUUUAUGCCAUUUGAUUUUUCACCUUAUCUCUCGCCCGACUCAGCGGCCUCCCAUUUGGGCCUUUUUUCUCACUAUCUUUAUUUUAUUUGAUUUGAAUUAUUUUCUGGCGCCUCCCUCGCGUGGUGGAAAGAGAAUAAAUUAUUGUUUUCUGAUUAUUUCCCUUUUCUUUUUUCUUUUUUCUUUUUUUUUUUUUUCUGACUAUUUACUGGAGACUUGGAUUUUAGACUUUUUCGUUUUCCCAUUUAAUCUUUCUGGGGUCUUUCUUUCUCUCCCACGCGAGGCUAAUCUGGAAUGAAUUGAAUGAAUGAAGUUUCAAGGGCAUAUCAACUUAUCAUCCACCCGCCAAAAAGUCAUCACUAAUAGAUAUUAUCGACGGUCGAGGUGCUCCACCCGCGCCCAACGUUUGAGCAAAGUUUAGGGACUUUUCCUCUCCUCUUCCUGCCUGGGCAUUGAC